AUGUUGUCAUUGGAACAGCAGGAGAACGCGAUCUCUAAUGAAAAGGGAGGCUACUUCUUCUGGGACUCCUUUAUCAAGGGCCGGACAACCAAUUCUACCUACACACCAAUUGAAGACUGGACAACGCAACAAACCGAAGAGAUGCAACAGGUUUUUCAGGACGAUUUCAAUCGCUGGGAGAGCACAUCACGUCUCGCUGAAUCUCAAGGAAAGUUAUUCUUUGCAAAGGAACAUAUCCAGUGGUUCGCAGAUCCCGCUGCCAUUAGCGAUUACCUUUCACAUGGCGAAAGUCACACUCCGUCCCCGGUCAACAUCAAGAUUCCCACUUCGUACGGCACGCCCCAAGAGUUUUCGCCCAACAACCUUACAAUAUUUCCCGACCACUACUUGGAGACCUGGAGGCUGACCUUUCUAAUUCGUCACCCGGCUUUGGCAUUCCCGUCGUUCUAUCGAGCGAUGAGAGAGCUGGAAAAGGAAGAAUUUGCCCAGCCGCAUGAAAUGCAGCCGUUAAUGGAACUGAAUGCUACUUUGCGAUGGACUAGACUUCUUUACGACUGGUGCCGCCAGCAUCAAGGGCAGUCGAACACAGGCUGUGCCAGGGAUACUCGGUACCCCUUGGUACUGGAUGCUCAGGACAUUAUACAUCACCCUGAUAUUCUCGCCAGGUAUUGCAAGCUUAUAGGGCUUAACCCUAUCUAUCUAAGAUCGGAAUGGAAUGUCUCAAAUCAGAAGGUGGAAAAUGGAAGCAUGGAAAAGACGAGCCACAGAAGUCCUGAGAAGGUGAUGAAGUCCACGCUGGAAAAUUCAUCUCAUGUCUUGAAGAACAGAACGCCCAUUAUCGUCGACAUUGAGGUUGAGAGGAAGGGUUGGGAUCAGGAGUUCGGGGUAGAUUUCGGCGAGCAGAUGGAAAAAUGGGUGAGGGAGGCAAUGCCGGAUUAUAAUUAUCUUAGAGCGAGAAGGCUACGAGUGGGAGAUACGUGA